UUGAAAAGUGCAAUGACAGCACCGUAAUUGUGCAUGUGGACUUUUCAGAGGCAUGGAAGUGCAAGUACAGUUCUGAGGUACAGUCAUGCCAUUUUGGUCAGAACCUACCCCAGCUUAAUCUCCAUACUGGCAUGCAUUACACAAACAAACAGAAGGCAAGUUUUUGUACUGUCUCAGAGUCAAAGCGGCAAGAUGCUGCAGCCAUUUGGACACACAUGGAACCAGUCCUGAGAGACAUUCGUUCAAAGUUUCCAACAAUUGACACCAUUCACUUUUGGUCAGAUGGCCCCAGCAAGCAGUAUAAAAACAAAACCAACUUUUAUCUACUUUGCAUUGUCCCCACGUCACAUGGGAAGGGAGCCCCAGACGGCAUUGGUGGCACAGUCAAAAGGACAGCAGACAGCCUCAUACUGAGGGGACAUGACAUCAUUAAUGGUGAUGUCUUCCAGGACAUGGUAGGCAGCAACCUCUGCAAAACCGAGCUCUAUACCAUUUCUGAAGCUGACAUGCAGCCAUAUGACACACUCCUGGCUCAACCAAUAAAGCCUGUACCUGGAACAAGAAAAUUUCAUCAGGUUGCACCGACAUAUCUCAACAAUUCUGAAAUAAUUUGCAGAUCCCUGUCCUGUUUUUGCAGUGACCCUCAGUUUUGCAGCUGUUUCAGUCCAACAAUAUUCCAGCUGCACAUAAAACCACACAGGAUACAGGCCGGAAAGGAUGGCAUGACACAGAAGAAAGGCCCUUUGGCACUCUUGAUGGAGGAAGUGGAACAAGAGGAAACAGAACAAGAACAAAUUGAACAGCAAGAACAUGAAAGUGAGCAAGAGCCAAUCACCAAAAGGGGUCCUAUAGGAACUGUGACAAAUCUUACUGAGGAGGUACUUCAGUCCGGUGAUUGGCUUGCAGAUGUUUAUGAUCAACACUGGUGGCUUGCAAGGGCUGUUACUGUGGACUCUGAUCAUCAAGAUGUCAAAGUGGAAUUUUUCCACCCACAUGGGCCCACAACACAAUUCUUUCCAUGUCGAGGUGGAAAGGAUAUGUGCUUUGUACCCUUCAAUAAUGUUCUGGUCAAACUUGAGGAACCAUCAACACCAGUUCGUACAAGCAGGAGAAGGGAGAUAUACCAUCUACCAGCUGAGGUGAUGGACUUCAUAGAAGAGCAACGGAUGUUCAUGGGCGAAUUACUGAUUGUCCAACUGGGAGACGUCUCAGGGGAGCAGCACAUAGAGAUAUGUGUCAUCGCUGGCUUGUGUCGUCACUGGUACGCUUGUUUCUACCUGCUGUGCAUGCACCUGAAAGUUGUCAGGGCCUUUUGA